AUUUUAAAACCGGAAGCACGUGUUCAUGUCAACAACAAGGCUGUGCCCCGCUGAAGAAUUCUGAGUCAGUAUGGCAACGGGGGAUGGAUCAGAUUACUUCUCGAGCUACAGCGACCUGUCAGUUCAUACCUUGAUGUUGAAAGACAAGCCACGUACAUUGGCAUAUAAAGAAUUCAUCGACAAAAAUAAAUUUCUUUUUCAAAAUAAAGUUGUGCUAGAUGUUGGUGCUGGUAGUGGCAUUUUGUCCCUGUUUUGUGCUUCUGCUGGUGCAGCAAUGGUGUAUGCAGUGGAAGCGAGCAACAUUGUGGAUCUCUGCAACGAGAUUGUGAAGUGCAACAAAAUGGAGGACAAAAUUAAGGUCAUCAAGGGAAAGAUUGAAGAUGUUGAACUUCCUGUGGAGAAAGUGGACAUCAUCGUAUCUGAGUGGAUGGGUUUCUACUUGCUUCACGAGUCCAUGCUUGACUCCGUAUUGUUUGCUAGAGACAAAUGGUUGUCGGACUCUGGCAUGAUGAUACCAUCUCAUGCCACCUUAUACCUUACGCCUGUAAACAUGUCAAAAUAUGUCACAGAAAAUUUCCGAUUUUGGGAAAAUGCGUACGGAUAUGACUUUUCACCGAUACAAACCAUUUCUAUGAUGUCCACUCUUCAACAACCAGUGAUUGAGUGUAUAGAACCAAAACAGUGCAUGUCGGACCCAGAGAUUGUGAAUGAAUUUGAUUUACUCACUACCAAAGUAGAGGAUUUAAAAUCAAUUCAAAACAACCUCACUUUCAAAAUGACAAAAACUGGACUGGUGCAUGGCUUUGCUGCCUGGUUUGAUGUUUAUUUCGGUUCCCCCACUGUGUCAAUACCUCCAAGUGUGUCAGGUCAGGACCUUCCCAGGGUUCAUCUUGUGACCUUGUCAACUUCUCCCAUGGUGGAGGCUACCCACUGGAAGCAGACUAUUGUUUUCAUUCCAGUAUCCGCUUCAGUAGAUGAAGAAGACUCACUUUCGUGUGUGCUGGAGUUAACACAGGACACCUCCAAUCCUCGGUUGUACAACAUCUCCAUAGAGAUGGUGGAUGAUCAGUCGGGGUCUGAAGAUGAGGAAGAUGAGGAGGAUGUAUCAGACCACCCUCUACCCUGUGACUGUGGUUCAGCAAAGUGUCUCCUGAUAUCUGCGCUGAUGCAGAAGUAUGACGAGGAGCAGACGGCCCUGGAGCUAGAGGCAGAGGAAAUGGACGCCUGCGCUGCCACUGAGGCAGCCCGCAAUAUGGAUCUGGUGGAAAACAGUGGAACACACUCGGUGAAUGGGAAUAUCAAUGAGUAAAUGAGUUUCUGUAGGGAAACAAACCCCAAAAAUGCAAAACAUGCAUCAUUGACGAUGUUGCGAAUAAUUGUAUGGUAGUGUGCUAGUCAGGAAAAACAGACAAAUGGCUCUUGCAUGGGAUUUGUGGAAAAAAUGUGUAUCAUUGAUGUUAAUGUUAAGAAUAGUAUGAACAUUAUUAUACCUAGGGCAUUGAUUUUUUACUGUUAUAAAAUGAAUAUCUACAAUUUA